AUGGUCGUAGAUCCGCCCAGUUCUAGCUUCGGUGACUCCAACGCCCAGCCCCCGACGCCCACCCGCACACCGAGAUCGACCGUUUUCCCGAGUCCGGUUUUGGAAACACCCAAGCAGGACCAAAGGCGCUUGGACGAGUCGAGUGGGUGGACUCCCCGUUUUGCUGAGGAGUAUUCGGUCUUCAACUCGACGCCGGGAAAUCUCAGAGGUUCUCGGACCCCUUUCUUCGACUUUGGUUCUUCGACUCCAUACGUCGGUGACGGGGCCCAGAACCGGGGGUUGUCCACGGAAGAGAUCGGUCUCGGCGCCUCGGCCCAUGUGAACGAGCUCACCCCGAAGCCACUCCCCGCCGUUGAGCCCUCUAAAAUACUGCGUUCCACCUCGAUUCCGUUGACGAGCCCGAUCUUCGAUCCGAGCGACGCCGUGAGCCAUAUUCCGGGAUCCGCGGAACGGUUGGCGAAGAAGGCGCGGCGAGGCACCGUUGUCGCAGAAACACCAGGGCAAACAGCAACGCCUCCCCCCUCUGCCCGCAAGGGUGAGCGUAAGCUUGCACCCAAGCUUGAUUCCGCCGCGAUGCAAAAUGAGCAGGAGUACAGCCAGCAAGGGCACUUCAUGGGGUCGGGGCAGGAUCAGACCAUGGGCGGUUUUGUGACGACGCAGGGGGAUAUGUUUUCCUAUCCAUUGUCAGCUCCGGCUACUGCGGCGCCAUAUGGAAGUCAGAGGUCGUUCUGGGAUGCGGAUCCGAACCUUGCUAGUAUGGAUAUUGAUUUCAGCGCCCACAGCGCGGGUGUAUUCCAACCUCCAACACCACUUCAGGGAUCUGGUCCGGAAGAUUGGGCAAGGGCGAGCCAAAUAUUGCAAAGCCAAGGCGGGCUGGUCGGGCAUGGGGAUGCGUCGGUUGACGGGCACGCCGCCGUUUCGCUUGGUUCUCAGCCGGACAUGUCGAUGUUGGUGACCUCGUCGGCCGACCAUACCAUGUUUGCGGGCAGCUACCCCACGCCGGUCGAUGAUCCGUUUGGUAUGACAGACGUGGGGGGUGCGGUCAACCCGGGUCUGCUGUUCAGUCGGCCCCAGUCCGCCAACAUGGACACUGCCUCGUUUUCGCAGCCUUUGGCGGUUUCCGACCAAAACCUCACGACGGCGCCCGUCAGCGGCCAGAUGACGGGUCGGGUACCAUCUACGAAGAUAGCGGGGCGGGCCGAGCUGCGUCGUUCGUCGAGCGCGAAGGAUGCGACUCCGAGGAAACCUGCUUUGGCGAGUUCUCCGAUCAAAGAGGCCGGUCGCCCCGGGCUGUCUCGCAGUUUCAGCGAGAAUAAGGGGAAGAAGACGGGGGGAGCUCGGCCAUCACUGCCUACUCUCGCGCCUCGGCCGCGGGCGCAGUUGGUGAGCAACGCUGGUGUCAAUGCAAACAAGCCAAUUGUGUCUCAACCUAACCGGCCAAAUGGGAGGUCGUCACCUGUGAAGAGCAUGCACCACCACCAUCGUUUGUCGAGCCUAACUUCCAUUCCGGAAGCGGCCUCGAGCCCGGAGAUGCGGACACAGGCUACCUUUAUGAUUGAUGCGAACGGCCGCGCGCGGGUCGAAACCACGGUGGUCGUGGUGGAUGAACCAGCGCGGAGUCCUUCGAAACGGCACAGCUCAUACUCGAUGAAAAGUCGACAGCAGUGGAAUUCGUCAGACGAUGAAGAUUCCUCGUCCUCAGACGACGAACCCAUCAUCAUCCCCAGCCGCAAUGCGUCAUUCGCGCUCCCGGACCCUCGGAAACCGACAACGAUCCACCCCUUCCACAACUCCCAACGGAGCGUCAGUGAACACAGCACGACGUCAUACGCGAGUUUCCGAGGCGGGGGAUCCCAGGACGCCGGCGACAGCGACGGAGAGACGGUGGUGAACGAGGCGACGCCGACGCGCAAAGCUUCUGGCGACGCGCUUAGCGAACUGCGGAAGCUGCGCGAGGCACGGCAGAAACAGGCCAGUGCGAACCCGAAACGGUAUAUUUCCUCGAGUCACUACCCGGGGCAUCCGUCUACGUCGCCGACUACGCUGAGUGAAUCGAGUUUGCCCACGCCGACGGCGGAGACGAGGGUGCGUGGGGUAAGGUGUGUUUGUAACCGGACUGAGGCCGGCCGGAAUGAUUUGGUGAUUCAAUGCGAAUCCUGCGAAAUGUACGUCCACGGCCAAUGUGUCAGCAUCACGCAACGGACCAUCCCGUCGAUCUACAUCUGUGCCUUUUGCUCCAAUACCCCCAACAUGCGAGGGGGUGUGAGACAUCGCGAGAACGGACGUACAGCGAGCGCGGGCGGAGGCGGACACCCGCCUGGUUCACGCAGUUCACCGUUAGCGCAUAAGACUUUGAAGUCUCUUCGGUAA